CUUGAGAUCACAAAUGUGUGUAAAACCAAGAAACAGAUUUGUAUUUCUGAAUUAGCGCUACAAUUCUCAGUGCUAUGCUUGAGGACAGAUAUUUCUAAAUUUCGUUACAAUGGAUAUUUUUAUUGGUCGUACAUUAUCCAAAACACGGAUAUUAUCUGCGUGUUGUUUAAUCAUCAUUUCGAUUUCGACAAUACACAGUAAUAUAUUAGACAAAUGCAGCAUUUCUCAAAGUCGUUUAGCACGUUCCAUCUUAAAUGAGAUUGUUUUCCCACUAUUUAAAUAUACAGGUGUUGCUAUGAACGAACUAUGCCCUUUUCAUCCUAAACAUGAUAUUUAUGCUAUUCAUGAACAAAUGAAAAAUAAAAUUUCUGAUUAUGAUUGGGAAUGUCAAAUGUGUGGUAAACGAUUCUACACAGAAAAUACAUUUGAUUUACAUAUUGGCAAUAGACAUGAAACAAAUGCUUAUAGUACCAGUCGUACAAUUUGUUUAUCGUCCUAUUGUUCGUUACUUCGUUGUUCUGUACUAAAACCAGAUAUUGAUUAUGGUUAUCAAGUGUUUUGGGAUGAAGCAUUAUGUGAUCCAAAGUCGUUUGAAGCUAUUUCAAAGCAAUGUGAAGAUAUCUUGAAUAAAUGUACACCAUCUGGAAAUGACAGUAGCAGUACACAAAUACGUCAACUACUUCAAACUACAUUAUGUGAUCAGUUAUCUUGUGAUCGAUAUUGGAUUUUACCAGAUUCACAUGUAAGUUUUAAUUGUGAUAGAUGUUAAUUGGUUGUUAAUUCAAUUUGAAAUCGUUUAAAUGAUCCUGUUGUUGAUAUUUUUGACUGAUAUUUUGUUAUUCUUAGUUGGGAUAUGGGUGUCUUGUGCGGAUUUCCUCGAUACAGCCAUUAUGACGUAAUUUGAUAAAAGAUAGAUGAAGUGUGGCAAGAUGCACGUUUUGUCCUGUUUGGGAAUCAUUUCUAGCUGAAUGUACAUGCAUUCUAGGGUUGAUGUCAAUAUAGUACCUUUCGUUUCAAACGCCAGUGCAUUUGAAUCCCGGAAUGGACAUCAACUAUGGGAUCCGGGUACAUUCAAUUAAGAUCAAGUCUCAAAUAGGAUGAAAUGCUCGUCCUGAAUUCCACUACAAUUAAUUUCGACUUUUACUAUUAAUGGUUCCUAUAUAUAUAUUACCCCUUGUGGAGGAGCAAAGUCUGCUCCCUAGCAUUCUCCAUCGAUCUCUGUCCCGGGGAAUCCUUUCCUGUUAUCCGUAAUCUGUCAUAUCCACCUCCAGCGUUUUUCUUAAUUUCCUCUUUAGUUGGUAGUUGGUUUGUUCUCAUCCAUAGUAGGUUAAGCUGGUGAUAUCUGGCCAACAGAUAUUAUUUAUUUAUUUAAAGACAAACAUUGGUACUAUAGUGUUGUUUACUAGUUAAGCCCAUAUAACUUAUUCUAGCUUCUGGACAAGCCAAUUUAUCCAUUCUUCUUCUGUCAUGUUUUGACCUUGUUAAUUAUUCACUUAUCAACCGUGAAUGUUUUUAUAUGAGCGCAUAUGUGUGUACACUUCUUAUUCUAUUCAUCAUCAUCUGACUAUAAAUAUUGAUUAACGCUUGGCUAAAUGGAGUUGGCUCACAUGCCUUCUCCACUGCGCGUCAUUUCGUUUCGCUCUCCUCUAUUCGCUUCGUCCCGCUAAUUGUCUGCCUAGAUCAAUGAUUGUACAAAAUAUACGUAUUCGAAAUUCUUUCUCGUAUUUAUUUUAAUUCCGUUAUUCACUAAAGCGAGUUAAGUCGAUAAUUAUAUACGAGAAUACGUGACAUAUAUAUUUCGAUAGCGAUCAACAUAUGAUCUAAUUAGAGUCAGAUCCCGGGCCAAUAAAAUACAAGGAGGCACCAAAUUCAUAUGCGUCUGAUUCACAAGGCAGUGGAGCAACGUAAAGAGAUGCAGUCCUAUGGUAACCGGUGGCUAACAAUAGGUCUAUGCGCCUUUUGUUCCCUCAGGAUCCUGGAACCCAUAUACAUCAUUAGUUUGGAAUCAGGGUUUCCCCACUCCCCUAGGCGAACCUUUCGUGUCCACCAACCCGGUUAAAGCGCCGGACAUUCGCAUUCCCUCCUCUCAAUUUCAUGAACAACAGUAGUGCCUCGAAAAGGCAGUAAGUAGGAUUUCCGUGGCAGUGACUGUAUACGCGUGGCCAUGUGGGAGCAUUUCGAGAGGGAGAGCGGACUUCGCAGCCUCGUUCGUACCAGGCAAUUCGGCGGCGGAUAUUAAGAAUCUUGCGUAGACAAUUGUUUAUAAAUAGUUGUAUUUUUUGGUGAUGGCUGUAAUAGUUCUCUAAGUUUCAGCUGCGUACAGUAGAAUUGUCUUGAUGUUCGUAUUAAAUAUUCUGACUUUGAUAAUGGUUGCCGGUUGUUUUGAGUUCCAUAUGUUCUUCAGUUGUAGGAAUGCUGUCCUUGCUUUGCCAAUCCUUGCCUUUUCAUCUGCACAAGUUCCUCCUUGUUUAUCGAAUAUGCUGCCCAGAUAUGUGGAACUUUUAAUUGAGAUAAUGAAAUGAUCAACGUUAGACCGCCAUUAGAAACCUGGAAGCACUGGACCGCCGCUUAGUCCUAGUAAGGGGCCACUUAGCAGUGCGCAUCCACGAUAUUGUCCGACCACAUUGUCUUCCGUGGCUAACUGCCUCACACCUCACAUGGGUUACCUUCACUGGUCACAGCUUCUCACUACAACUCCGAGAUCCACCUCUCCAAGUUAGUCACUGGUCAGCCAGCACAUAAUAAAUAUCAGUAUAGGGUUGUGGAGAUUGUUGACUAAUUUCAUCAUUCAGAUCAUCAAUCGAUCAAUAUGAUGCCUGGUAGUGAUAGAUCAUAUGCUAACUGUCGAAAUACACUGCACAAACCUGAGCAGUGUGAUGAAAGUGAGGGUGUUGUUGGCAGGGGAGGUCGAAACCCGGCACCUUCAGUCUGGUACAAGAAUACCCAAACUCUAGACCGCUAAGACGUCAUUCGACGCUGUUAUUGUCGCAAUUUAACCAAUCUACAAUAUUGCUCAACCUCCUUACAUAAUCUUCGUUGGCGAAAUGCCUCACAUCCGACACGGUUAAACUCCACUGGUCGCGGCUUUUCUUUAGAACUUGGAGAAUUAUCUCUGGAAGCUGGUCACUAGUGAGCAUAUGAUAAUUAUCAGUAUAGAGUUGUUCAGACUGUUGGCUUUUAAUUGAGAUCUUAAAUCGAUCAGUGUUAGACCACCAUUGAAAACCUGGAAGCACUGGAUGUCCGUUUCGUCAGUUCAUUAAAUUGGGAUUUUUUACUAAUUACUUAAUAAUGUACUUGUUCUGUACUCUUUUUUUCAUAUCAAAGAUUCAGACUUCUGUAUGGGAAAAAUUACUCACUGCAUUUAUCGUAACAUCUGGUUUAUUGACUUAUUAUUCUGUAAUAUUUAUGAGAUUAAGUUCAUCGUUCUGUCGUUUACGUAUUUCCAGUCUUUCUAUUCCACGAAGCAGUAAAAAAGCAUUUCGAUCCUAUUACUGACAAAAAAUAAAAUGUGAUCAUGAAUAUCUCGACACUAAAUGACUGAUUUCGGUAAUCAAAAAAAAAUAAAUUGUUGUACAGUUUACAAAAUAAAUUCCGUUUUUAUUUUGAUUAUAACAAUCUGGUAUUUCUUCGUUGGUGGUAUUUUGUGAUUUGAUUUUCGUGAAUUCGUAACUUAAUGAAUAAAUAGUGGUUAAUGUG